GGCAGCUCCGGCUAUUUUAAGGAGCGCGCUGUGCACUUCGCCGGGCUCUCAGUCCUCUGCUCUCCGGCGACGACUUCGCCCUCCUCCUCCCCUCUGGGGCCCCGCAAGCAUGGGUCCCAGGCUCCACUCGCUGCUCGCCUCCCUCCUGCUGCUCUUCGCCCGCGCUGGCCCAGCGCACUGCGACACCCCUGCCAACUGCACCUACCCUGAGCUGCUGGGGACCUGGGUCUUCCAGGUGGGCCCCGUGGUUUCUCAGCGCGACGUCAACUGCUCGGUUAUGGGCCCACCAGAAAAAAAAGUAGUGGUGCACCUUAAGAAGUUGGAUACCGCAUAUGAUGAUUUUGGCAAUGCUGGCCACUUCACCAUCAUUUACAAUCAAGGCUUUGAGAUUGUGUUGAAAGACUACAAGUGGUUUGCCUUCUUUAAGGAUGUCACUGAUUUUAUCAGUCAGUUGUUCAUGCAGCUGGGAACUGUGAGGGUACAUGAUUUGAGACAUCUGAGGAACAAACUGGUUAUUAAAUAGAGCAUCUGUUGAGGGGCUCUUUUAAAUCAACAGCCAAAACCAGACUGGGGCUAAGAGGCAGAGCAGCACGCAGCCGUGGACCUUCUUCCCUCUAACAGCUAGCCGAGGCCUCUAGCAGCCACAUUCCCCUUCUGGAGUCUUUCUGUGCAUGUAAAAUGCUGAGAAGUCCUGGUGUCCUACCUCCGAGGCAGCUGCCCUCCUGAACCAUUUCCUUGGAAAGCAGCAACCGCCAUUUUGAAAUGUGAACAACCAGAGACUACACAGGAAAAAGAAAGACAUCUGGAAGUCUUAGGUGGCCUCACCCUUCAAGGAACAAUAAGCAACUCAAGAUUUUCCCUUUUGAAUAUUCUUCUACUGAAAUGAUUUUUUCCAAACUCAUUAGGAUUUGAAUUUUGUGUUGUAUUGUGUUCACAGUGCAAAUUUUAUUCCCAGAUAAAUUAUCUUCUUGUGUGCCUUUCUUUUUUUAAGUAUCUUGAGGAACCACAGGACCCGUUGUAAGGAGAAAUCAAUGCUUCAGGAUAUCUUGAGAUGCACAGAUCUAAUUGGUGGAAAGAUUGCUCUACAGAGGCCGUGUUUGGGGGGACGGGCUUUCUGACAUGAGGCAGGGUAUCUUUGUAGAUCAUAUGCCUGCAAUACGCUGGCCAGAAAGAUAGGGUGAUUAAUACAUUGUUUUUGUCUGUAAACAUUUAAUACCUUUUUUUUUAUUAGGUGCCAGUUUUGUACUAAGAACUCGACAUAUAUUACCUUACAAGAAUCUUAUGAAGUAGAUAUUACUAGCUUCACUUUACAGAUAGGAAAAAUUAGUCUCUGUCAGUGCAUCUAAUUGUGAAAUGACAAGGGCUAGUCUUUCAAGCCUAAUGACCUCCCUGGGGCUAAAGAGUAAAAGAAAUCAUGGUACUAGAAGUGACAUUUCAGUGGAUUUUUGGAGACUCCCACUUCAUAAGCGUUGUGAAUGUUGGUUUAAUGGAAUGAAAUAGGCAUUGCAUUGGCUCCUUUUGAACAGUUUACAACUUCCGGUUUCCUUACCAAAUUAGGCUAUUCUCUUUCUUUCCUAAACCGAGGUCCUUUCAUUCUAGAGGAAAACUUAGUUUCUUUCCUUUUGUAUUCUUCCAAAUUGGAAGGAAGGUUCUGAAACUGUCAAAUUAAGUAACAGUGCCUAGUUGACUUCUCUUAAUUACACUGUUGUUCUCACUGAUUGCUCUCUUUUAGCUCUUACCUACUAAACAAUGGACUAGUUUUCUGCUCCUGUGUUCAGAAUUGAUGAAUAUCAGCCUUGGUAAACUGAAAAUGUGGAACCACACCGAGUCCCUAUUUUCCGCGAGGGCUUUUCUCCUGUAUCUUUGCAUGAAUGAAAUAAUCUCUAGAUACCAGAUUUUUAUCAUUUUAUUGGUUCAGAGAACUUUUUGUGAACUCCGAGCGGCACUAGUCUGCUAUUCUGAAAAGGUGAAGUGACUAUGUACCCGACAACUUCUACCUGGAUACUUUUUUCCAUCCUACCUCUGGGACCUGACAAUUCGUUACUCAGGACCCUGAUGUCUCCUCUGUGAGACCUUCCCUUGCUGUCUCCAUUGGUGGGAGAACUGCCAUUAUUUGGUUCACAUUGUGUUUGCAGUUACCCCUGCUCAGGUAAUUCUGUACUAACUGCUGUAAUGGAGUGAUUUGAUAGUAUGUCUUCUACCAGAGUGAAAAGCUGUAUGUCACCCUGAGUAUCUUCAAAACCUGAUUACAUAGUACUUUAUAAGUGUUUGGAAACUUUUCUUACCUUUUCAAAAACGUUUCACAGUUAAUACCACUUUACAAAGAUUUGAUUCUUUUGGAUUCUAGAGGCACAAAUCAGGAAUGAUGCUAUGUUUAUAUUUCUGGUUCUGUGUCCUAAAAAUAUAUAUCAAGUUACCUAUUUCUAGGGUUCUAAAAGAGUUGCAUACUUUCAAACUAAUUUUCAGGAUGUAAAUACUGACAAAGCAGCUGAUGUGUAUAAGAAUGUAUUUAAUACAAAAUUUAAAACCACCACUACAAAAGUCUUUCUAUUUCUCUGAGCAACUUUACGUCUAAAUGUUUUGCUAAUGGAAAAGAAGACUUGGUAGGUACAAAAGUACAGAUAUGUGUGUUAGCAGGUACCCUAAAAUUAUACUGCUUUGUAUUUUCUGUCAUGAUUGCUUGUUUGUCUUCCUUGGUCUUUAAACUCUGAGGGCAGGGGUCAACUCUGUACUACUAACCGUUUUAUACCCUAUGUAUAAUCUGAUACAUGAUAAAUAAUAGGCCUUCAAUAAACAUAGAAGAAAGAAAAUUGAACAAUA